AUGCUGAAUGGAUUCAAGUUCGACACAGUUCGGCUGACAACUGCCUUGAGUAGUGACCACGUUAAUAGUGUAGGCCGAGUUCCUUGGCUAGCUGGGCUACUUCGACAGCUAGAACUGAGACUGGCUGCUUUCCUCAGACAGACACGACUGGCACUCGCACGGUGGCGCGGCCACCUUCGUCUGCUUGAUCAGCUGGUGAGCAGCACGACAUGCCUUGAGGUCUAUUUGGCCAAGGUAGAUGCCGAGUUGGCUCGGCUCUAUCGGCCCUCCAAGUUGGUCUCCACCUGCCUGCAACAAAUAGAUGAAGUUGAGUUAAGGCUCACUGAGAUGCGUGCAAUUGAACUUGCCAUGCCUAGUCUUCAGACAUCUAUUGUUCGACUCUUUGCCACCAGCGUGGCUCUCGGAGGUCCAGACGUCAGCUUUAUUCAGACAGCGCACACAAACGUCAAUGGAAGCAUAGGGAAUUCAUCCGUUGGUUCUGAGGCCUGCUUCUGGCAAGCCAACGACUGCUCCUCUUCUUUCGCUGGAGGUGCCGUGUCUAUUUUCACAAAUCCGCAUAAUAUCGGAGUAUCUACGCCCCCUCCACCCCCGCCUUUUCCAAUCUGGUCUACUGCUGCAAGCAAUUCUACAAGUGCUACGGCCAUUAAUCCCAGUCACUCAUAUGGAGGACCUUCACUGACCCGGGGAGCCUCAGCCAAUACUUUGGGUGGCAGUGCUUCUAUGCUGGGAGGGAGCGGAGGCCUAGCUCAGGCCGGGUUGAUGCAGGCUGAGUGCAAUCUGUUUAGACGCAUCAACUUGAUCGUGCCGCGAGUGACCAGAAUGGCCAAACGGCUGAGUGAACGACGCCGUCUAUUAGAGCAGGCAUUUAAAGAGAACAAAAGGGUACGUCUAGAUUGUGAGACUAGCCUGCAAGUUGGAUCAGGUUAUGAUAGCUCUAGCAAAUUUUAUUUCAGACAAUAUAUAAUGCUAGUUGGUUAA